GAAUAGGACACCAUUCGUUUCUGCCGCUCCCAUCUCUUCCCUUCCAUGCUUAAUUUCUUCAACACCUCACCUCACCUGCUGCCCUAAUUUCUCUCUCUCUCUCUCUCUCAUAACUAAUCCCUAAAUCCCCAAAUCUAUCUCUCUCUCAGAAACCCUCACCUUCUCCAAUGGAAGAUCAGCAGUACGGCAUGCCAGAUCUGCGCCACUUCAUCGCCGCCGGAAGUUUCGAAUUCCUUACACCGCCGCCGGAUUUUCUGGCGGCGCACAGAGCCGCCUUCGCCGCCACGCCGUACACUAAUAUGUUUCCUUCCGGUGCCGCCGCCGCUGAUUUGAUUGACUUCAAAAUGGACGGCGGCGCCACCGUCAGGUGGCCGAGACAGGAGACGCUGGCGCUGCUCGAGAUCCGAUCGAAACUCGAUUCCAAAUUCAAAGAAGCCAAUCAGAAAGGACCCUUGUGGGAAGAAAUCUCCAGGAUAAUGUUGGAUGAGCAUGGGUAUCAACGAAGCGGCAAAAAAUGCAGAGAAAAGUUCGAGAAUUUGUACAAAUAUUACAAGAAGACGAAAGAAGGUAAAGCCGGUAGACAAGACGGUAAGCAUUACAGGUUUUUCCGACAGCUCGAAGCUCUCUACGGCGGCGGCGGGGGCGGCGAGUCGAGCAAUAAUCCUUACAGUAGCUUCCUGAGCAAACACAUGUCGACAUCGUCAUCAAUGGCGGAUCAGAAUCACGAGUGUUAUAUCGAUCCAAAGGUUUCGGACACGAGCAUAAUAAGCCUGUCGAACUCGUUGAAUUCGGAAACGACGUCGUCUGAACACUACAACGAUUUAAACGUGGGGGUUUUGGACAUAAACGAUCCAGCAGGUCAUAGCAGCAGCAGCAGUCUGAAGAAAUUAAGGAAGGAGAGGAAGAAGAUGAUGAUGAAGAACUUCAAAACGAAGAUCAAGACACAAAUCGAGGAACAGAUGAGGCACGUGAUGGAGAAUCAGGAGGCGUGGAUGGAUAAGAUGAUGAGAACCAUAGAGACAAGGGAGAGAGAGAGGGUGGAGAGAGAGGAAGAAUGGAGGAGACAAGAUGCUGCAAGAAUCGACCGAGAGCACAGACAAUGGGCUAAGGAAAGAUCCUGGAUCAAGACAAGGGAUGCUGCUCUAAUGGAGGCUGUCCAAAAACUCACCGCCCAACCGCCGCCGCAGCCGCAGCCGCCGCCGCAUUGGCCGGCGGCGAUGGAGCUCGAACAUCAUCGUCAUGGCGGAUAUGGAUUCGGGGAUAACUCGGGGGCGAAUCGAUGGUUUCCUUAAAUUAUUUAUUUGACAUCGUCAGAUCAGAUCAGAUCAAGAUAAUUACUCUUACAUUUUAUAUAUAUAUAUAUAUAUAUAUAUACUAUGUAGCAGUUGAUGAGGUAGGGAAUUUGGUGGCAAUAAUAAUUUAAGUACUGAAGAUUGAGCUUAUUAAUAUGUAAGUAUGUAUGUUCUUGUGGUAUGUAUUUGCUGAUUAAUAACUUA